AUGGCUCUUCUUGUCGACAAAUUGCGCCCUCGGUCGCUUGAAUCACUCUCAUACCAUCCGGAACUCUCAGAUCGACUUCGCUCGCUGGCUCAAAGCGGCGAUUUCCCACAUUUACUAGUCUACGGCCCAUCAGGCGCUGGCAAGAAGACCCGCAUCAUCGCAACCCUUAAGGAACUAUACGGCCCAGGUGUAGAAAAGAUCAAGAUCGACGCCCGCGUCUUCCAGACCACCAGCAACCGCAAGCUCGAAUUCAACAUUGUGUCCUCCGUCUACCACCUCGAGAUCACCCCCGCAGAUGUCGGAAACUACGACCGGGUCGUGGUUCAGGAGUUGUUAAAGGAGGUCGCCCAGACACAACAGGUCGAUCUCGCCGCGAAGCAGCGAUUCAAGGUCGUCGUGAUCAACGAAGCCGACUACCUCACUCGCGAUGCACAGGCAGCCUUGCGUCGUACGAUGGAGAAAUACAGUCCCAACCUCCGCUUAAUUCUCCUGGCGAACAGCACCUCCAACAUUAUUGCCCCCAUUCGUUCGCGAACUUUGCUGGUCAGAGUCGCUGCUCCCACUGAGAAUGAAAUCUGUUCCGUCCUGCGGACGGCUGCGAAGAGAGAGGGGUGGACUGAGGCCGAGGGACUGAACCAGAGGAUUGCCAAGGAGAGUGGGCGGAACUUGCGCCGUGCGCUGCUGAUGCUCGAGGCUAUCUAUGCGCAAAAUGAGAAAGUAACCGAUAAGACUCCAAUCCCGCCCCCAGACUGGGAGGCUCUUAUUGCUGUAGUUGCAAAUGAGAUCUUGGAGGAUCGCUCGCCUGCUCGGUUACUUCAAGUCCGUUCGCGGUUAUACGAUCUUUUGACUCACUGCAUUCCUCCAACCACAGUCCUGAAGGUCUUGACUUUCAAACUCGUUGAAAAGGUCGAUGACGCACUUAAACCGGAAGUCAUCAAGUGGUCUGCGUUCUACGAGCACCGAAUCAAGCAAGGAAGCAAAGUAAUCUUCCAUCUCGAGGCCUUUGUGGCCAAGUUCAUGCGUAUCUUUGAAAGUUAUUUGAUGGGUAUGGGCUUUGAUUUCUGA